AGGCAAAUAUGAAAUGCCCCAAAACAAAAAUAAUGAUAAGAUAAGCCUAAGAAGGCCGAAAAGCCCCACAGACUCUCUAUCUCCCUCCAUCACCACCACCAUGGAAACCACACUCUUCUCAUUCCCUUCCUCCAAGCCUUCACCUUCUCAAACCCUAAUCCAAUUUCGCUCCACAAACCCAUUUUCUUUUUCAAAACCUCUCCAUAAACCCACUUCCUACAGACCCAUCUCAAUCAAUUCUGCCAUUUCUCGUACCAAGAAAGAAGAAACUGUAGAAACAGUGAAAACUCAGUUAGAGAAUUGCUAUCUCUUGGCUGCCAUUAAAUAUACAGGCUUUACUGUUAAACAAUUUCAAGAAUUGAGGAGAUCAUUGCCAGAGUCCUCAAAACUUAUUGUAGCCAAGAAUACUUUGGUCUAUAAAGCCAUCGAAGGUACCCAAUGGGAGGCUCUAAAGCCUUGUAUGAAAGGAAUGAAUGCAUGGCUUUUUGUGCAUACUGAGGAAAUACCAGAGGCAAUUAAGCCUUAUAGGAAUUUCCAAAAGGAGAAGAAAUUGGAAGAUAACGACUUUACUGGGGCUGUUUUUGAAGGGAAGUUUUAUGGGCCUGGAGAUUUUAAGCAGUUGGAAACAAUGCCUUCUAGAGCUGAAAUUUAUGCUAAGAUGUUGGGGGCAUUGCAAAGUCCUGCGAUGGGAUUGGUAAGUACUUUACAGGCUCCUGCUAGGGAUGUCAUAAUGGUGCUUAAGGCCUAUGUGAAGAAGCUUGAGGAUGAAAGUGGUGGGCAAUAGAGAAUGUAAGUGUAUUCUCCUUUUGAAAACCCAAUUUUGGUGGUUUUUGAAUUGUUGUAAGAAAAUUAAUGGUUAUAUCUGACAUUUGGAUUUGAAAAUGCAAUGGUUGAUGUAGAAUUUUGUAAAAUUUUAAUCUGGGUAGUGAUAAUGAAUUUCAGUAUCAGGUGUUUCUUUAUGGAUUUUGCAAUUUGA